AAGAACAAAACCUUCAUGACAAAUUGACAUUAUAAAAAAUAAUUAUAUCAAAUUUCGUAAUUAUAACAAUUUUAUAAAAUGUUUAAAAAGAAAACAUAAUACAUGCGCUAUGAAAAACCGGUUCUUGCAAGCGCGUUAGCAUUGAAAUGGAGUAGUGUAACGGGAAUAGUUACAACGGUACAUUUGAUCAACAACACGAAUACACCUGUUAUUUUACACAUAUAAAUCAUACUAAAAUCAUAUAUCAAUUAUGAAUAAACAAGAAAAAGAAGAUGAAAAACAGGACCCUACCUGUAAUGUUUAUGAUCAGAUAAUGAGCUUAAAGAUGAAGACGCUUCUAAAAGUUUUUCUAUACUCUGUAGUAGGUCCAGUACUCAUAUACUGCCUAUUUUUUUCUUUUUUAUACUACCAAGAACAGUUAAUAAAAGUACACGGAACAGUAUCUAAAAUAAAAGAAGGGAAUCCACUGUAUUUCGUAUAUGCGAAAAGUAACGAUACCGGAUACUUGAAACAUGUAUUUAUCGUAUUAGAAAGUUUAGGUUUUAAACGGACCUAUAAUAAUUCAAACUGGGACUUGUUGUGGGCACACGAUUAUCCGUUCAGAGUUUUAAGUUCUAACUUAAAUAAGUUACAAAUUCAUCAACGCGUUAAUCAUUUUCCUGGUUGUGGAUACAUUACUAAUAAGGUAGAUUUAUCCACAACAGAAGGACGUUACAUCUUACCAGCAUUUAAGAUACCAGAGCAAAACAAUGAAUUCUUACAAUAUGUUAAACAACAUCCUGAGAAGAUGUUUGUAGAGAAAUCAAACGAUCAUCGAGGUAUCAGCGUUAAAAAUAUUAGCAGUAUUAAUAUCACAGCAACAGGAUCUUUUGUACAAGAGUUUAUACAACGACCAUUCCUCGUAGAUGGUUAUAAAUUUGAUAUAGGAGUAUAUACUGUAAUUACGUCGGUUGAUCCUCUUAGAAUAUACGUGUACAAAGGUGAUGCCUUAUUCAGAUUUUGUCCUGUAAAAUAUUAUCCAUUUGAUACAGAUGUUUUAGAUAAAUAUGUAGUUGGCGAUGACUAUUUACCAAUUUGGAAUGUUCCAUCCUUGAAACACUAUUACAGUAAAUUGAAAUUUUCAAUGAAAGACUCGUUCGAUGCGUACGUAAGAUUGCAAGGAAAGAAUCCUGAAAAGGUCUGGGAUUCUAUGUAUGAAGCGAUUAAGGAAAUUACAUUAUCGAAAGAGGGGUACAUUAAAGAAGCUGUGAAACGUUUUGGAAAUGGAAGAAACUUUUUCGAAUUAGUUAGAAUUGAUUUUGCCCUCGACGAAGAUUUAAAUGUUUAUAUGAUGGAAGCAAAUAUGUCUCCAAAUUUGUCUUCAGCGCAUUAUCCACCGAACCAGUUACUUUAUGAACAAGUUAUAUAUAACUUAUUUGCAUUAGUUGGAGUAGGGCAACGAAUCAGAAAAGAUUCCCUAAAAAUAAGGAAUAAGAUGGAAGAAGAAAUGGAAGUCGCUGAUAAGAAUUUAAUGGUUCUACCAGAACUGUGUAUAGAAUGCAAUGACUGUUUUCGUGUUGAAUGUCAGCUUUGUAGCCCUUGUUUCACAACUGAAACUAAAUCAAUUUUAUCUCAAAGUUAUCUGGAACAUCAAAAUAAAAUGAAUUUCCAAAGAAUCUUUCCACCACCUAUAACAAAAGAUAUGGUACUGAAGGAUUAUACGCUAAGAAAUCAAUUACUAGUAAGAUGGUAUCAAGGCAAAUGUGAAUUAGAUCACUCAUGGUGCUCCUAAGUAAAACAUUUUUUAU